AAUAAAAAUAUAAGUUUUUAAAAAUACGAAAUUAGAAUUUACUCUAAAUUUGAAUGUUUAAACUUCAAAAACUAAGUUAAGUACGUACCUUUAACUUUAUUUCAAUUUUGUAUUUAUCGAAGUCUAAAGAACUUUUUAGUGGAAAAUGGAUUUUGAUGAUGAUUUGUAUGUAUUACCUGAAUGGCGGGGGAUACCGGCUACUAUUGUUUUAAUUAACAUUAUGGAGGAUAUUAAAACAAAAGUAAUUGCUUACACGGCGACGGGCCGGUUAAUAAGACAAUAUAUGCGUAAUGGAAAUACACAUUUGCUUGGUGUUUUCUUUUAUGGCUUAGACAAUACCGAUUCCUCCGAUAAUGUUGCAACUAUACAAGGACUUUUAGAAGUUAUACCUUUGUCAUUACCAAAUCUUGAAGACUAUAAAAAGUUUAAAAGUCUAAAUUUAACAUCGUAUCAAGAGAGUAAGGAACUGAAAUUAUCUGAUGUGUUAUGGCAUUGUAGUAAAGUAUUCGCGAACUGCAAAAAACAACUUUUAUCCCGCAAAAUAAUAAUGCUUACACAACUCCAUAAAUCUCCAAUGAUGACUGAUCAAAUACCAACUUUGAAAAGGGUAAAAGAUUUAGUUGAUUCCAAUAUUGAAAUAUGCAUUGUCAAUAUCUCUGAAGAAGAAUAUAAAAUUGAUCCUUUUUACAUAAACUUUAUCAAAGAAUCUAUGAAAGGUGAGGAUGUUAUUAUUCCAAAACCUGUUUUUGACUCAUGUGACAUUGAAAACCAGCUUUAUAGAGAAUCCCAUCGCCAUAUGGCUGUUGCAAAUUUGAACUUUGAAAUUGGAGAUGGAUUUUCUAUUGGAGUGGGGGUUUAUACAUUAUUAAAAAAAUCUGGUCAUACUUACCAUAAAAAAGCUGAUUUAGACCGAGUUACUAAUGCUAUAGUAUCUAGUGUGACAAAAACUGUUAAAGUAACUGCUGAUGAUGACUAUGAAGACUCUGGAUCAUCAAAACAAUUACCAUUACUUAAAUCAGAGCUUUUAUUUUAUCAAGAAUAUGGAGGAGAAAGGGUCGAAUUUACUGAGAAAGAAAUGAAAUGUAUGAAAAAUUCAUUUGGCCCACCAAUGUUAAAAUUACUUGGCUUUAAGCCAGCAGUAAUAAUUUGUAAAGAGAAGUGGUUCUUAAAAAUGGGAUAUUUUUUGUUUCCUAAUGAAAAAAUUGUUGAGGGUUCAACUGUAGCAUUCAAAGCAUUACAUAAGGCUUGUUCGGACAUGAAUAUGGUAGCUAUAUGUGUGUUAUGUCCCAGAGUUAAUGCUAGACCUGCUAUUGUAGGUCUUCACCCCUGUAAAAACCCCCUGGAAUUAUCUGUUGAAAUUGGAUUUGAUGUGAUUCACUUACCAUUUGUUGAAAAUGUAAGAGGUUUAAAUAUUCAAGAUGAAACUGAAUCUGUACAAACAGCACAUAAGGUUGUUAUGAAGGACUUGUUGAACUGUCUUCAAUUUAAUUAUAAACCAGAUAUGUUUGAAAAUCCCAAGCUUCAAGCGGAAUAUAGGGCAAUAGAAGCUAUUGCUCUAGAAGAUGAGGAUAUUGAACCUUUUAAUGAUACAACAAAACCAAAUUUAGAAAGGUUUCAAGAUAUUAAAGAAGAUUUAUUUGAAGAAUUAUUUGGGCCAUUUGGUGCUCUAUGUAUUAAAAGGAUUUCAGCUAACAAUACUGGAAGUAGUAGUAGUAUUAUUAAAAGAGCUAAAGUAGAUAGUAUUGACAAUGAUUUAUUAAAGUUAAGAGUUGAGGGUAAGCUUGUGCAUGCAUAUACAGUUGCCCAAUUAAAACAAAUUUUACACCAGAAGCCAAUCAAUGGCUUACCAGCUCUUACUGGAUUAAAAAAGAAUGAUCUUAUUGAAUUAGUUUAUAAGUACUUUGGGUGAAAAUUAAUAUGAUUUCUUGUAAUUAUUUUAUUUAAGUUACACUUAUAUAUACAAAGAACCAUCUGCAGGACCAAUAUGGUGUAUGCCAAUCAAUAAUGCAUCUACUAGUGUCCAUACACCCAGACCACCAAAACUAAAUAGUUUUCCGAUUCCCUCUUGCCAAUGGCCCAAAUAGAAACGAUCAGCCCCAAAUCCCCCAAGUGUUAAUGCUAAAAUCAGAGCAGUUCCCCAUCUUGUACCAGCUGUCCAUGAACACUUUAUUUUUUUCAAAAAUCUUCUCUUUCCUAAACAAAUGAUAUGAUCAGACACUGUGCAAUUUGUUCUGAAAAAGAUAAAUAAUAUAUUAUUACCCCAUCUCUUAAAAAUCAAUAGGGCAGUAAUUUUAAAAAUUAACUCACAAAUAAUAUUUUAUUGGUGACGCCAGUGAAUUACAGUUAGCUUUUUGUUCACAUUGAUGUUCCCAUUUAUCAGUCUGAUAGCAAAAUCUGCAGAUUGAGCUCCUGUUAAAAUUUUUGAUUCCCUGUAAACAUUUUACCAUUAUAACAGAAAUAAUAUUUGUAAACUACUAUUCUGUGAAUGACUUUCUUACCUUUUCUUUUAAUUUAAGCUAAACUAUUCAGAUAUUAUCAGAAAAUGUUAGAAUUUAUUAUUUUGUUUGAUUUGUUUUUACAAUUUAAUACUAAUAUUAUUUGGUCAACACCAUUUGUGAUUUAAUAUGGUUUAAAAUUAUAUGUUGGUAAAGUUAAA